CCGGCCUCCGGCGCGGGAAGCCGCGGGUCUAGGAGUCUGCGCCAUGAGGGCCCGCGUGGCCCCCGGAAGCGAGCCGUGGGGUCUGGUGACGGCCGGUCGGGAUGACAGUGGGCCCUUAUCCCUUGUCACCAGCGGGCGUCCCGCGGGAGCCAUCUUCCUCGCAGGCCAUAGGCCUAGAGGGUGACAUCACCUCUGGAGCCCGAGGCUGGCAGGCAGCCAUGGGUGCCCAGCAGUGCUGAGAGCAGUGGGGCAUGGCUGCAGCCCUGCAGAUCCUGCCCCGCCUGGCCAGACCCCCCUUGUGCCUGCUCCCCUGGGGAGGUUCCAUGGCCCGGCUUGCCAGUGGCAUGGCCCUGGCGGAGCAUGCACGGAAACUGUUUGAGAGCGCUGUGGGUGCUGUGCUGCCGGGCCCCGUGCUGCAUCGGGCCCUUACUGUGGACCUCGGCAGUGGGCAGCUGAAGGUGCGGGACCGGAACUUCCAGCUGCGGCAAAACCUCUACCUGGUAGGCUUUGGCAAGGCUGUUCUAGGCAUGGCAGCUGCAGCCGAGGAACUGCUGGGCCAGCAUCUCGUGCAGGGUGUGAUCAGCGUUCCCAAGGGAAUCCGUGCUGCCAUGGAGGACGCCGGCAAGCAGGAGAUGCUGCUGAAGCCCCACAGCCGUGUCCUGGUGUUCGAGGGUGCAGAGCACAACCUGCCAGACCAUGAUGCGCUGCGGGCUGCCCUGGCCAUCCAGCAGCUGGCUGCGGGGCUCACAGCUGAUGACCUGCUGCUGGUGCUUAUCUCAGGGGGUGGCUCAGCCCUGCUGCCAGCCCCCAUCCCACCUGUCACACUGAAUGAAAAGCAGACACUCACCAAGCUGCUGGCAGCCCGUGGAGCCACCAUCCAGGAGCUGAACACCAUCAGGAAGGCCCUGUCCCAGCUCAAGGGCGGGGGGCUGGCUCAGGCCGCCUACCCUGCCCAGGUGAUAAGUCUGAUUCUGUCAGACGUGGUGGGGGACCCUGUGGAGGUGAUCGCCAGCGGCCCAACUGUGGCCAGCGCCCACAACGUGCAAGAUUGCCUGCACAUCCUCAAUCGCUACGGCCUCCGUGCUGCCCUGCCACGUUCUGUGAAGACUGUGCUAGCUCGGGCUGACUCUGACCCCCAUGGGCCCCAUUCCUGUGGUCACGUCCUCAACGUGAUCAUUGGCUCCAACACACUGGCGCUGGUUGAGGCCCAGCGGCAGGCCAGGGUGCUGGGCUACCGGGCCAUAGUGCUGAGCACAGCUUUGCAGGGUGAUGUAAAAAGUGUGGCACAGUUCUACGGGCUGCUGGCCCGAGUGGCUGGAGCCCGUCUGACCCCACCUGGGGCUGGGGCUUCCGUGAAAGAGGAGGCAGAACUCCAUGGGCUGGUGGCUGAGCUCCAGCUCUCAGACCUGCAGCUGGAGGAGGCUCUGGAGGCUGUGGCAGGAGCUAAGGGCCCUGUCUGCCUGCUGGCUGGAGGGGAGCCCACGGUGCAGCUGCAGGGCUCAGGCAAGGGUGGCCGGAACCAAGAGCUGGCCCUGCGUGUUGGAGCAGAGCUGGGACGACGGCCCCCAGAGCUCAUUGAUGUGCUCUUUUUGAGCGGUGGCACUGAUGGGCAGGAUGGGCCUACAGAGGCUGCUGGGGCCUGGGUCGUGCCCGAGCUGACCAGCCAGGCCGCUGCCGAGGGGCUGGACGUGGCCACCUUCCUAGCCCACAAUGACUCAUAUACCUUCUUCUGCUGCCUCCAGGGCGGGGCACAUUUGCUGCACACAGGCCUGACUGGCACCAACGUCAUGGAUGUCCACUUCCUCUUUCUGCGACCACGGUGAUGGCAUAGGUGAUGUUUUGGCCUUCCAGGGCGGGGUCCUGGGCAGGCCACGGUUGGUCCCCAGUGCCUCACUGGGCUUUAGGCUCCUCCCUUCCUUGGCCUAGGCUGCUUAGUUGGGCCUCACAUUUACUGCCUAGGGCUUUUCUGCUCUAUGUCUAUUCCCCUCCAGCCACAUUGUCAUUCCCCCACCCCCUGACCCUCUUACGUAUCUUCAUUUUUCUCCCCUGGGU